AUGUCGAAAGCCCCGGUAGAAGAUAGAGUGAAGAAAGUGCACUGGUCACCGUUAGGUGUCGCCGUGGAUGGGAGGUGUUGUUUAGCGGUGUUGACGAGAGCGAAUCGAGUGGUCGUGCACGCGGCGAGUAAUCGAACGGCGUUCACGUCGGCGAGCGUGACAUCAUCGGCGUAUUUAAGUUCAGCGGAAAAGUGGCCUUUGAUUCAAGACGUAUCGGAAGAGUUAGCGACUUUAUAUAACGAGAUACAAUGGAAACCGUUACCAUUUUCGAAAGAGGACGGCGACGAGAACGAGGAUUCAAAAACAUGCUGGAGAGACGCAGAAAAAGACGACGCCUGGAAAUCGAUAAACUGCUUUGCCGCGCCGGGUCCUCCAAAAGUCAGCGCCGAUCUCAACGACACGAAUAUUAGAAACGAGAAAGAUGAUAAAAACGAGAAGAAUGACACGAGCGAUGUCUUAAUGUUACCUCAAAGCGAAGGUAAAGAAAACGCGGACGUUAAGAAAGAUGUCAAAUUAGGAUUAGCGCGCGUUGGACAAUUGCGAAAAGGUUCGCGAUGUGAAGUGAAAAGAGAUUCACUCUCCUCGCCAUGGUUCACGUGCACUGUACUAGCCGCGGAAACGGAUAUGUUUCAUAGGGUGCGCGUUCAAUACGACCGAAAAGGAAUGGAUAACGAAUGGCUCGUCGUCUCCAACGUUGAUAAUUUAGGUGAUGAAUGUGUACCGUGCGGGAGCACGACCAAUGCCGAGCGCUCCCAGAUGAAAGUGAAACGAUGGAUCCGCCCGGCUGCCGCAGCGACUGAAAAUGAAGUCAACAUUUCCACUUGUCCGCGCGGUAUCGUGAUAGAAACAUAUAUAGGACACUGUUGGCAACUCGUAGAAGUUGUUCAAAAUGCUAGAAUUCGAUUCCAAGCCAACGGUUCGGCGCAUUCUGUCGUUUCGAGCGAAUGUGAAUUUAGAAAAGUUCGAAAAUGGAAAGGCUCGAAUGUAGAAAAAGCCGACGACGGAUGGGAAAUCAUAGAAGACUUGAAAAAUAUUAGCUUGCCCGCACAGCAAUUAGAGGAAGAAGGAAAAGAAGAAGACAAAGAGAAAGGAAAAGAUGAUCAAGACGCAAAGUCGCAUCAGAAGGAGAAGGAACGAGAUGGAGUAGCAGUGGCUGCUGCUGCGCCCGCCUUGGCAAAGAAAAAACCGGAAGCGAAGAAAGCGCCACCACGAAAAGCAGAGAAGAAAACUCCGGCGACAAAGAAAAGAAAAGCAGCUGAUGGUAAAGUGAAGAGCGCGAAAGAUGACAGCGACUUUGAAGAAAUAGACGAAGACGAUGACGAUGAUUUCGAUGUUAAAAAAGAGAAGAAGAAGCAUGCGAAGAAACCUCGCAAGGCGGGCGCAGCCGUUCAAAAGAGAGUUGCCAAAAAGGCGAAGAAGGCGGACGAAGAAGCACACGAUUACUCUACAAUUACAGACACGCAUCCAAACGGACUGCCAAAUGCGACAAAAGUCUCCUUUACAUCGUGCUCGUGGUCUCCGUCGUUUAAAGACGGAACGCUAGAAUCCAUAUUAACGAUAGGAACCAAGAAUGGUGAAUUGGUAUUUUUUCGCGUCGGAACGAAAAGAGAUGAUGAGAUUGAAGAGCCGUUAUGCCAGUUACUCGGUGUCGUUCGUGCAUUUUCGACCCCGGGUGUCUGGGUAUCCGCUGUGACUUGGAUGCCGAUGAAGGAUCGAGACACCGGCGAUAAGUUGUGGACGUGCGUGGCGGGAAGUUCAAGCGGCGAGGCGAAACUCUUUCUCUGUGACCCCAAGCUUUUGUGCAAUCGAACGCUCAAAGUAAAAGUUCCUGAAGAUUGGAUCGUCCCCACCUCACACUUUGGCUUGCAAGAAACGCUCAUCUUGAAUGCGGACGAGGUCCCGAUCACCUCGGUGAAAUGUUUUCGCGACCAACACGUCGAUGGACGACGUGGUUUAUGUGAAGGCAAUGACGUAAAAGUAAUCGCUCUCGGUAAAGCGUCCGGAGAGGUGCUCGUAUUUCGUUCUGAUAAUAUUUCCUCGCGAAUUCGAAUGUUCAGCGAGUCUGUGCACGACAUUGCUUUCCAAAGAUGUGAUCUCGGCCUCCGCGUUGCCAUUUGUGCGGAGUCUGGAAGACGGGCAGAUAUUCUUUUGCAAUCGAAGAAGAAGAGAAAUCAAGGACAAACUUCAAACUUCAUUCGAUUUGACUUUUCGGACGUUUUGAAUAAAGAUUUCCACACGAGCUCUGACGUAUCCGCAUGGGAACGGAGCACACGCUCGGGUGGCAUGUGCGCAUCGCCGAAUAGUUUUCUAAUCGCGAGAACGUUCGAAAAGUACGAUUACACGCGUUUACCGUCUCUGCAGAAGAUGCAAAAGAUUAAAGGAAAGCGAGGUAUUUUGACGUUUCAUGGCGCUUCCGCUGUCGACGGUGACGUGGUGACAAAGAAAAUCUUCUCACUCGCGAAUGAAUUUGAAGGACAAUCCUUGUGGGAUUGCGUUGAAUUAUGUUCGCGCUCGAAAACCUAUUGGAAUGCCGUCGCAAAAUGGUCAAGUCAGGAAAUGAUGAAUAAGAAGAGUUCUGCAUCGCAACAGAAGAAGUACACUCUCGGCGCCGCGUUUGCGAUGGUAUCUGCUUUACUUCGAAAGAAUUUGAGUCGUCAACCGUUGCUUCCCAGAAACUCAAAGAGAUACGAAAAUGACGACGAGAAUAAUAACAACGAGUUGCGAGUGCUCGUACACGUCGACCGACCCGAAAUGGGGUGGGUACCAGAAUCUCAACGUCUCAAACAACGACGAAGAAAUGUAGUGGACGAGGAGGUGCUCUCUUUCGAUUGUCAAGUGUGUGGUCCUGUACGCGAUAAUGACGAUGGAGACAACGGCAACGACGAUAAGAAAGCAUUCUCGUUUCGAGCAGAUUUGCGGUGCGAGACCUGUGGACUUCUGACUCAUGAAUCGGUCGGGAACCACUUUCGAUUAAAGCCUUCCAUGGUUUAA